UGACUAGAGAAAAUAAAAGUCUAAUGCAUAAAUUAAAAUAUACUAUGGAGGGCGCUUGGGGUUGUAAUAAUUGUAGAUAUGGAUGGCUUUUUUGUUUAAUGAUUUGCUGUCUCACCACUUGUUUGAAAUAGAUCAUCUCAAAAUUGUUAAGAGUAUUAUUUUUUGACUUCUUUUUUCAGGAGUCAAAAUCAACAUCAUAUAUAUGACUUUGUUGAAUUGAUACAUAAUCUGGUGAAUCAACACAAAUUGUUAACAACUUUUAUUUAAAAUAAGAAGGAAGCUUCUGGUCAUAGUCUUUAAAUUAGAAGGAAGCUUCUGGUCAUAGUUUUUAAAUUAGAAGGAAGCUUCUGGUCAGUCUUCAACUCUUCAUUCUUCAUGAUUCAAGAAUCCAUAUAUAGUUCGUACUUUAGAAAUUUCUAAGCCUUAGUGGAUUAUUAUUUCCUUAGUUUUUUAUUAGAUGCAUCACUUUCUAUGUAUGGAAGUUUCAAUUUAGAUGCUUCACCUUUUUCUUUUACUCAAUAGAUUCUCUCUAUCUUUCUCAUAUCACAUGAGCCCUCUUCAAUUUAGAUUAAAAAAUUGCCUAGGACUCUGCAAUUUCAAAGUGAUGUAUCUAAUAAAAAACGAAGUACAAGUCUUUACAAUCAAGCAGUCAUGUUGAAAGAUUAUGGAGUAACAUGGGUAUCAGGUACCCUCAAAAUUCUCUUAUGCAUUUGGUGUUACUUUCUUUCUAGCAACAACAUCAUCCUUGUUAAAAGCCUUUCUUCAUAUGCUAAUGUCUCGAAUUCAUUGGAAAAUAAUAAUAACUGGCUUAUUAAUGAAGGGAGCUAUUAUUCUGAUGAUAAUUAUAUUAUAAGAACAGCCUUGUACUCUCCAGAGUACAUCCAUCGUAAUUAUAAUAAGUAUGGAGUUAAGACAAGUACUGAUUAUUAUCCUCCAUUUGGAUUUGGGCUUUUCGCCCAUCAAACUGCACCUGAUUCAUAUGUACUUGUGGUAUAUAUUGGGAAGGAUAAUUUUUCCCCUGUGGUGGUUUGGUGUGCCAAUCAAGCUCAUCCUGUUCAAGGGCUUGCCACACUUGCUCUUACAUCUGAAGAAGGUUUGGUAUUAAGGGAUGAAGAUGGAAGUUUUGUGUGGUCUACCAACACCCCUGGCCUUUCAGUGAGGUCAAUUCAGUUGGGAAGUGAUGGGAACUUGGUCCUUUUAAAUGGAAAUGGGAAAAUCAUCUGGGAGUCCUAUAAUAACCCUACUGAUACGUUAAUCCAAGACCAGCGCCUUCCACUGGACCAUAGAUUAAUGUCCACAUCAUCAAUUUCAAGUAAUUCCUCAGAGCUCUUUUAUGUGAUUCGAGAUCAUUAUGGUCUUCAUGCUUUUGUUGAUUCGAAUACUUCACAAUACUAUAGUUUCCGGCAUAUUGAAGAAGGUAGUUGGAACAGUAUCUACCAAAUUUUCAGUUCUUCGCCCUUGUAUUCUGCUGAGUACAAUUAUAAGAAUAGUUAUAUGCGUCUUGAUCGAGAUGGUCACCUACGUACAUAUAUUUGGAAAGAAGGUGAGAUUUACACCAGUGAUGUCUUUGAUAAUGAUAAUUGUUCAUACCCUACAAUUUGUGGAAAGUAUGGAAUUUGCAAGGAUGGUGGUAAAUGUAGUUGUCCAACAGGCGGGGAUGAUGGUAGCUGGGAUUACUUCAAGCCAGUUAAUUCAUUUGAUUCCAGUUCAGGAUGUAGCCUAGUUACACCUCUAUCUUGUCCUAACAACCACAAUCUCCACACUUUUCUAGAGUUUGAUAAUGUGACCUACUUUGCCCUUACUCCCUCUCUCACAAAAAUAGAUGCCGAGAGCUGUAAAAGUGUGUGUUUGAAUAAUUGUUCGUGUAAAGCCGUCUUCUUUCGUUACCAUAUGGAUACCUCCUUUGGUAACUGUACGCUAACUUCUGAGAUACUCACUUCGAUGGAUGUUUCUGACCAAUAUUUGGCCUAUAAGGCCGUUGCAUUCAUCAAAGUGCAAAACAAGGCAUCAACAAAAGCUUCAUUGAAGAAAAAAUCGGUACUUCUUGUAUCUUCUGGGUCAAUACUCUUAGUUAUGGUUAUUGUGUUUAUGAUAUGGAGGCGAAAAAGUAAUAAUGCCAAGGAUUUUGAUUGUUCCCUUGAUGUUUUUGUUGAUAACAUAAGUCGGUUCUCUUUUGAAGAUCUGAAAUUGGCAACCCAAAAUUUCCAAACAAAGCUUGGUCGAGGAGGAUUUGGGUCUGUAUUUGAAGGUACGUUAGGUAAUGGAGCAAAAGUUGCUGUAAAACAAUUGGAAUCAGUAGGCCAAGGGAGGAAGGAAUUCCUGGCCGAGGUCAACACAAUAGGUAGCAUUCACCACUUCAAUCUAGUGAGGUUAAUUGGGUUUUGUGAUGAUGGACUGAAUAGACUUCUUGUCUAUGAAUACAUGUGUAAUGGGUCAUUAGAGAAGUGGAUCUUCAAUCAAGACACAUCACAGACACUAGGCUGGAACCUACGUCGAAAGAUUAUUGAUGGUGUGGCUGUGGGGCUUGAGUAUUUACACGAGCACUGCAAUCAAAAUGUGAUCCAUUUUGAUAUCAAACCUCAGAACAUACUCCUGGACAAAGACUUCAACAUCAAGAUUUCUGAUUUUGGCUUAGCAAAAAUGGUAGACCGAGAUCAAAGCCAUGUUAUGACCAUGGUAAGGGGGACACCAGGAUAUAUGGCUCCUGAGUUGGUUACUGGUCGUGCCAUCUCUGUUAAAGUUGACGUCUACAGCUUUGGAGUUCUUGUCUUAGAAAUUGUGUGUGGCCGUAGGAAUUUUGGUUCAUCAGAAGGUGAUUGUCUCACUAACUUGGUGAAGGUGAAGGCUGAUGAGGAUCAACUCUCUGAUCUAGUUGACGAGCAUGGUGAAGGUAUGCAACAACACAAGGAAGAAGCUGUGAAGUUAAUGAAGAUUGCAAUAUGGUGCUUGCAGCCUCACUUUAUCAGGCCAACUAUGUCAAUGGUGGUGAAAGUUUUACAGGAUCUUCCGAACAUGGAGGCUCUAACUGAUCUCACCUACUUAAACAUGGUCCAUGAAGCAGCUCCAAUGGAGGCAAAUUACGGCUUUUCAGUCUGUCCUACAGAUUCACUUUUGUCUGGACCUCGUUGAUGAAUUUAUUUAACUAUAGCCUGUUUUAGAAGCAGUUGAUAUUUUCUAUUUUGUACUGUAUCCUUUCUUAUUUUUGUUCGACCACAAUAAGUUUUGCAAUAUUGUAUUAUAGAUUUUUAGCCUUUUAGGCUAUGUAAUAUUUCUUCAAUGUUUAAUGGAGGCCAAAAACCUGUUGAAGAUCA